AUGUCGCCGAAGCUGUUCACGGCCGCAUUGCAAUGGAUAAUGAAAUCACUAUCCUGGGAAGAAAGGGACAUACGUGUUGAUAGAAGAUUUCUCUCGAACCUUCGUUUCGCGGACGACAUCGUUCUCUUUUCGAGCAGUACCAAUGAAGCAGAAACGAUACUCAACGAAUUGAACGAAGCAGGGAAGAGAAUAGGACUACGAAUAAACAGAAAGAAGAUACGGUUCAUGAAGAACGCCCACUGCGAAGACGGAGGAGUACAACUUGAAGGCUCCCAAAUCGUGGAAACUCCGUCAUACGUAUACCUCGGACGUUCUAUGAACAUGGAAAACGACUUGAAGGAAGAACUGAAUAGAAGAAUGAGAACAGCAUGGGCAGCAUUCGCAUCCGUCAGGGAAGCUACGGACCAACUGACGGACCAAGAUCUUCGUGCUCAUCUGUUCGACUCGACAGUCCUUCCAGCGCUCUGUUACGCAGCGGAAACGUGGGCAGACACCGCGACCACGUCUAGAAAGCUACUUACUACCCACAGAGCCCUUGAGAGAUGUCUCCUGAAGUUUAACCGGAGCACACAACACCUUGCCGGUCUUCGUAGCUCCGACUUAAGAGGAAUGUCCCGUCUUCGCGACCCAGCGGAAUAUGUAUCGAAAGCAAAACAUAGAUGGGCCGGUCACAUCAUGAGAAGAAUCGACGAUAGAUGGACUAAAAGAACGCUAGAGUGGAUCCCAAUGGACGCUAGACGCCCCCGAGGAAGACCGCCAACGAGAUGGGGUGACGUGUUCGCUGCACGGAUAGACCAGCUGAGAGCUCAGCGGGAUACGGCUCAAGGACCUUGUCAACUUCACUCACGAAGCUUGAGAACAUCUUGGAUGACAAUGGCGAGGGAACGAAACGAGUGGAAGAGAUGCUGGGGCCCGCACGUUCAGUGA